UGGCCACCGAGAUCUUCUUCUACUUCCCGAUCUACAACCUGAACGACGGGGGCAUCGGCUCCGUGCUCUCGAACCAGGGCGCCUCGAUGACGACGAACGGGGCGCCCAACGACCUGCUCAACAACUUCAACGCGCUGACGAUUAUCGUGGCGGUGCCCAUCCUGAACUACGGGAUCUACCCGCUCCUGCACAAGUACAACUGCCACCCGGGGCGAAUCACGCGCAUCACCUUCGGGUUCUUCCUGGCGACGAUCGGCGGCGUGGCGGGCGCCAUCGUGCAGUACCGCGUCUACAAGACCUCGCCGUGCGGCUACGACGCCUCCUCGUGCGCGACCGGCGUCUCCCCCAUCAGCAUCUGGUGGCAGCUGCCCAACACCAUCCUGUCCGCGCUGUCCGAGAUCUUCUGCAACGUCACCGCGUACGAGCUGGCCUACGCGCGCUCCCCUGCCAGCAUGCGCGGCCUCGUCAUGGCCGUCUUCCUGUUCAUGACCGCGCUGAGCAGCGCGCUCGGCGAGAUCCUCGUCCCCGUCACCGAGGAUCCCUAUCUUAUCUGGAUCUGGGCCGCGCCGGCGAUCGCUUUGGCUGUGCAGGGCGUCUUGUUCUGGUUCCGCUUCAAGCAUCUCAAUAAUGACCAGUUCAUGACGGAUGAGAAGGACUACGAGGGGGAGGAGGUGGAGGGGGCGCGGAGUGAGCCGAGUGUUGUCGGGGAAGAGAAGGAGGUCGUGAAGAGUGGGUAG